CCCUCUCCCGCUGCUAUCACAGGUGACUUUGUAGUAGAGUGCAGGUGACCUGGUGAUGAGCUGCUGUUGGAGCCCAUGAAUAACUGAAUUCCACUGUACUCCUUGUCAAUUACCUUCUUUCGGAUCGUCACAGCGGUAAUCCCUCGCGACAAUGUCGACUACACCCAAUUCCCGGCGUAGGUCACCGCGAUUGUCCGAAGUGUCGGAAUCCUUCUCUCCGAUUGGCGAUACGACGCUCACAGGUCUUUCACGUCUUCCUAUCCACAACAAAUUCCCCCUAACACCCAGCCGACACGCGACGACAUCCACCACGCCAUCAGCCAACAGAUUCACACCGCGCAACAGAGGCGCCGGCGCGCCUGCCACCCCGUUUAGACUGAAUGCAAUUCAGCGACGUAAUGCGAACACCCCCGGCCGUGAUCGCAGGAAGAGCGGCCGCAUCCAACGGGAAACGACAUUCGAUAUCCUUCGGAAUCUGGGAAAGGCACUCGCCCCUGCAACCCAACCGAUCCGUUCGUCACCCAGUGAGAAGCCGGAGCCAGAAGCCCCAGAGCUGGCCGAGCCUGAGAGGGAUGAGUUUGAGAUCCUCGACAAUGAACCCGAGAUGGAGCGCCCUCGGUUAUCCUUGCCGUUGGAAGAGGUUUAUGAGGUCGAUGAGGAGCCGGAAUUGCGACCCCCGAGACUUUCGUUAGCGAUUGAGGAAGAUGACAUUACCGUUGAGUACCCGAGGCGAGCUACGAGCGAACUGGAUAGAGGAAGACUGUCGAUGAUGGGCCCGCGCAUGAGUGAGAAUUUCGGCGAUGCCACUCGGUUAGAGAGUGACGACGAGGAUGACGGGGAUGAUACGGGUCUUGUGCAGGGUGACGACGACGGGGAUGAAGCCGAGGAGACUAUUACUAGCCAAGGGGCUUUUGAUCGAGGCGGAGAUACGGAGGAUUUGGGCCGAUUCAACUUCGAAUUCAAUUUCCCGUCGCCGCCUGCUCCCGGGGUCGGUGAUCUAGACCAGGACGCCCCCAUGCAGGAUGACGAAGGCUUCGAGCUUCCGCCGGUGGAUAUGCCCCUGGAUCUGGAUGUCGGACCGGGCGAUGACAACGACGAUGUCAGCAGUGUAUCCGAUGCCGGCGGAGAUUUCGGCAUGGAAUUCCCGGCCGCGGAACCGAUUGCCAUGAGUGAGAGUCAAAGUCCUGGUGUCGCCGGAGGUCUGCGGGAGGAGCAACAGUAUCUCCCCGGUGUCAAGCAGAAGAAACUCUCUCGCCAUGGGAUUCCCGUUCCUAAUUUACCCGUCGGUGUGGUCAAGAAGUUGGCUAUGCGCUUUGCGCGGGCACGGCAUGGGUCCAAGGCGAAGAUCAGCAAGGAAACCCUCGCUGCGAUUGAGCAGGCCUCGUCGUGGUUCUUCGAGCAAGCCAGUGACGAUCUGGCAGUAUAUGCCAAGCAUGCUGGGCGCAAGACUAUCGAUGAGAGCGAUGUUACAACUUUGAUGCGGAGACAACGACAUCUCAACAACGCCACUACUGUUUUCUCGCUGGCGCAGAAGCAUCUACCGAAGGAGCUUUUGCAGGAUAUGAGAUUGGCGAUGCCACCAUGAAUUGUUGAUACAUAUACAUGAAUCUUCCUUAACAUACAACCCCAACGCCGCCACCGAUUGGUGGGCUAUGAUCACUGAUCUGGCCUUACCAAUUACGGUUCAACCGGACAUGACGAGUGGCCUCGUUCGGCCGCUUGCGAAUGAUCAUCCACAACAUGAUGGACGUGGCCAGCGACAAGCCGUACCUAGAGCGCAUGAGCAGGGACUUGGGGGGUUUUGAAGACACCGUUAGGGUUAGGACCCACUCACCAUGUGAAGAUGUACUGGCUGUGGUUAUUCCGCAAGUUCACCUCGGCGGCACGACCGAUGGGAAUACCCUUAGCCUCUCGAGUAUACGACUCGACCAGAUCGGGG